AUGGUAUCAUUUAUUACAAAUAGAUUAGCUAGUGGUUUUACUACUUUAAACAAAACUGGAUUAAUUUCAAGUUUAAAUAACUCAACCAAUGGUAGAUUAUCAAUCCUUAGACAUUAUUCAGCCUAUCAAAAGAAUCUUAGAAAUAUUGGUAUCUCAGCACAUAUUGAUUCAGGUAAAACUACUUUAACUGAACGUAUUCUUUAUUACACUGGUCGUAUUAAGGAAAUUCACGAAGUUAGAGGUAAAGAUGGUGUUGGCGCUAAAAUGGAUUCUAUGGAUUUAGAACGUGAAAAAGGUAUUACUAUUCAAUCUGCCGCCACUUAUUGUAAAUGGGGUGAAAAUCACAUCAAUAUUAUUGAUACACCAGGUCACGUCGAUUUCACAAUUGAAGUAGAAAGAGCUCUUCGUGUUUUAGAUGGUGCAGUUUUAGUUAUGUGUGGUGUCAGUGGUGUCCAAUCUCAAACCAUUACUGUAGAUCGUCAAAUGAGAAGAUAUAACGUUCCACGUCUUGUUUUCAUUAAUAAAUUAGAUAGACUUGGUGCCAACCCAUGGAAUGUCAUUGAACAACUCAAAAAGAAACUUAAUCUUAACGCUGUUGCUCUUCAAAUCCCAAUUGGUAAAGAAGCAAACUUAGAAGAUAUUCCAUCAGGUUUAGCCGAAUUUGCUAGAGAAAAGAAAAUCGAAUUAGUUGAAACUAUUGCAAAUGUCGAUGAUCAAUUAGGUGAAUGGAUUAUUGAAAACGAUUUCCCAACUAAUAUGCCAGAUGAAGCCUUAUUAAAUGAAGCAAUUCGUAGAACUACUAUUGCUCGUACAGUUGUACCAGUUUGUAUGGGUUCAGCUUUCAAAAACACUGGUGUUCAACCAUUAUUAGAUUCAGUUAUUAAAUUCUUACCAUCACCAACAGAUAGAAAGAUUGUUGCUCUUGAUACCUCUGUUAAAGAUAAAGAAACUGAAGUUGAACUUUAUACUGACCCAAAGAAACCAUUUGUUGGUUUAGCUUUCAAAUUAGAAGAAGGUCGUUUCGGUCAAUUAACAUAUAUUAGAGUUUAUCAAGGUACCUUAAAGAGAGGUGAUAUGAUCAAAAAUGUAAAUUUAAAUAAAACAAUUAAAGUUCCACGUUUAGUUAGAAUGCAUGCAAAUGAAAUGGAAGAAGUACAAGAAGUAGGUGCUGGUGAAAUUUGCGCUAUGUUUGGUGUCGAUUGUUAUUCAGGUAAUACUUUUGCAAAUCAAAAUCUUUCAUACACUAUGACUUCAAUGCACGUCCCAGAGCCAGUUAUGUCUUUAUCCAUCGCACCAAAAACUAAAGAUGGUCAAGCUAAUUUCAGCAAAGCUCUUAGCAAAUUCCAAAAAGAAGAUCCAACUUUCAGAGUUGAAUCAGAUCAAGAUUCAGGUCAAAUUAUUAUCUCUGGUAUGGGUGAACUCCAUUUAGAAAUUUACGUUGAACGUAUGAAGAGAGAAUACAAUGUAGAAACUGUCGUUGGUAAGCCAUUAGUAGCUUACCGUGAAACUAUUCAAAAUAGAGGUGACUAUUCAUUCACUCACAAGAAACAAACUGGUGGUCAAGGUCAAUACGCUAAAAUGAUUGGUUAUGCUGAACCACAAGAAAAUAUGGAAAACGAAUUUGUUAAUGAUGUCGUUGGUACUGCCAUUCCACCAAACUUUGUUGAAGCUAUUAGAAAAGGUUUCAAUGAUUCAAUUACUAAAGGUCCAUUAAUUGGUCAUCCAGUUGUUGGUGUUAAAUUUGUUGUUAAUGAUGGUGCUACUCACAGUGUCGAUUCUAGUGAGUUAGCUUUCAGAAUUGCUACCGCUGGUGCUUUCAGAGAAGCCUUUGACGAAGGUACUCCAAGUAUUCUCGAACCAAUUAUGAAGGUAGAAGUUGCCAUCCCAUUAGAGUUCCAAGGUCCAGUUAUUUCAGGUAUUAAUCGUAGAAAGGGUGCUAUCACAAAUACUACAUCACAAGGUGAAUCAGUUACUUUCGAAUGUGAAGUUCCAUUAAAUAAUAUGUUUGGUUACUCUACUGAACUCCGUUCAAUGACUCAAGGUAAAGGUGAAUUUUCAAUGGAAUACUUAAAACACAACCAAGUCUCACGUGAACUUUUCAAUACUCUUACUGAAGAAUUCAAAAAGAAGAGAGAAGAAGGUAAUAAAUAA